CAGCGUUCCCCAGCGACUGCGAUGUUAAAGCGUGGGUUAGCUGCAUGCACUCGGGGAAUGUGAACCUCACACAAGCAGAACGCAGUGUCUCUCACACACACACACAGAGAGAGAGAGAACAGCAAGCAGAACCACAUUGCUCGGAUCACUGACCAUAUCAGCACCGUCUCAGUGACUGAGCACAGACACUACCACGCUGCUGUUUCCAGCUCCCGGAAAGUGCCUCUGCCUCCCAGCUCGCUCAGUUUUCACACUCACACUCACAGGGACCUGCCUGCUGUUUGUCCGACUCCUACAACUAUCCUGAGGUCAUGGUCCGUCUCUGGAACUCACCUGACAGGGCAUCGCCGCUCCCUACUGUGCUGUGUAUCUGCGGCUUCCUCACAGCAAGCUCAGCAUUGGAUGCAUUACAACAGCUGCUGGACUGCGACCAUGAGGCAGUAGCUCGAGAGGAUCUGUCUGGAUGUACCUUGAGUGUGGCGUACAACAGGCAAACGCUCACCCACUACGACGCCCGCGCGCGCCAUUUCUCCGUGGAGGAUUCGACCGUGAAAAACGAAGUGGACAACCUGAACAAGGAUCCCAAAUUCCUGGAGAACAUUGACAAAAUUUUGCAGACGACCCUGACGCUUCUCCAUCAGCUGCUGGAGUCUGCAGACCCAGUCCUGGAUCGGAAAGUGCCUCCGUCAGUGAGGAUUACCUUGGUCGACCUGCACACCAUCGGUCAACCGAACCAGCUGCGCUGUACCGUGGCAGGGUUCUAUCCCAAAGCAGUCAACGUGACUUGGCUGAGGAACGGCGAGGACAUGGAUUCCGCGGUGUUGCGCAGCCCGACCCUCCCGACCGGCAACGGAAUGUUCCAGACAGCAGCGUACGUCAACGUGGAACCUGGCUCUGCCACUACCUACACCUGCCUCGUUCAGCACGCCUCCUACCCCUACCCCGAGGGACACCGCCUCGACUGGGUCGAUGAUCGAAAGCUCUCCUUGUCUCCGGCUGCCAUUGUGGGAAUACUGUUUGGAAUUCUGGGAAUCACCUUCGCCUUGGCUGGGAUCUACAUUCGCCUGAAUUUUCAAGGUCGCCGUGCUGAGAUCUUCGAGCCCACAGUGCUUUUCCUGAAAAACCGACAGCACGGCUGUUCGGAGAGGAGCCGAACCAGCAUGCGUUCGAACGCCAGUGCCACUUCAGGAGACGGUUUGACUCAGCACGCGAUGUGAGGACCCCAGUUGGAGGGAGAGGCUGGGCCCUCUGCGGGCAGGGCAUGGACCGAGGGAUUAUCGCCGUGACGCUGAAAGGGAGGCUGUUCUGCCCGCCGUCGUCUGUACUAGCUCACGCAGUGCCACCAACCCCAACCCCAACCCCCUGCAGUGACCACCCCCCUCCCCACCUUGCGUAACCAUCUGAUUCCCCAACAUGCUCCUGGCCUCCUGGACCCCCAAUCCCUCUCUCUGCAUCUCUCCCUGACCCCAUCAGGAUCUUAGAUGUUUUACAGCGUGGAAACAGACCCUUUGGUCCGUGCUGACCCAGAAAUCCUAAAUUAAUCCAGUCCCAUUUGCCAGCAUUUGGCCCAUAUCC